AUGACAGAGCCUAUCCCACACAAUGUUGGCAUCAGGCGCCAACAUUUCCUUGAUGAACAGAAGAGAUACGCAGCUCUCAUCGAAUACAUUAUCUCAAAUUGGGCGACUGUUCGAUCUUCCCGGACCACUGAGCAGCUAGCAGACGCUAAAUGGAGGUACAGGGCAACCACUUUCCAUCUAUUUCGGUUCAAGGACCUCCCUGUCGAGAUUAUCACGAAUAUCUUUCGUUUCGUAUCUUGGAUGACUCGCAAUGCGCAGGAGGGUGUAAAGAGACGUUUGCAGCUUACGUGGGUUUGUAGGCAAUGGCGGCAGCUUGCCAUUGCUGAUCAGGCUUUGUGGAGCGCCAUCUGGGUCGAGGACGCGGCCCCCUUCUUGCGGUCCUUGAUGUUCUUCGACAGGGCGGGCACAUCGUUGCUCGACUUACGCCUCGGAGAGAGCAUGGCGUACAUGGAAAGCUUCGACGUGUCGCUGAAGUUGACAGGGUCUCAGAUGGAGCAACUCAUGGACGUCGUCAUCACCAAGGCUGAGCAGAUCCGUACUCUCGUCAUCGUCGUCCAGUCAUGGCCUCCCGUAUUCGUCGCACUUGACAGGCUUCACAGGGCGGGGCAUCGCAUGCUUAACCUCGAGCGUCUCGAGAUUCAUCGAUUCGGCUCAGAAUAUAUCUGGCUUGGGCCAGGCUAUUCAAGGCAGGACUAUCUCCAAGCAAUGUCUGUCUGUGGUGGUAUGGCCCCCUCCUUGAGGCGUGUUUGCUUCAGCGGAGUUGACGUCGAAUGGGAAGGUAGCCCUCUUACCAACCUCACUACUUUGGACUUGUGUGGACUGCCUCCCUGGGUGCAACCUAGCCUGAAGCGCUUCCGAGAGAUAUUGAUAUCAUCCCCGAAUCUCAGAAAGCUUGUCCUCGACAGAGCUGGGCCUCGAUUGUCACAGGAUUCGAACUAUAGCCUCGAUCCUAGCUAUCCCCCGAUCGUGUUACCGAACCUCAAUGUAUUUGUAUUGGGCUCCCUGCCCAGUCUCUACGCGAUCUCCUUGCUCAAAAUAUUUGAAGCACCUAACACGAAGGACCUGACGCUCAUGAACAUGUCCAUGGAAGACUAUGGCGGUUUCAUUCGUACACUGGAAGGCAAAUUCCCUUUGGUUCAGAUUCUCACACUCUACGCCUUGGAGGUGACACCAUCGCCAUCGAAUAAAGGAGUGGUGUCAAGGUGGCUAAUUUCCAUGCCAUGGGUGAAACUUCUACGUCUCUCCCAGCUCAAACAGUUCGUGAGCGAAAGUUUGUUCGAUGAUGCUCGGCGAUAUCAUCCGCAGGGCUCCAUUGCUGAGUGGCCUAUCGAACGCGCUGCCGACUCGCGAAUGCUCGUAUUCCCCAGGCUCAAAACUGUGGAAUACGUGAAGAUGGAGACUCGCAGAGUUGUAGACUAUGCGCGGUAUAGGGCGAAUUUUGGCCAGACCCUAAACCGAAUCUACGUAACGAUUGACUGGAUUCAAACUUUAUCACCAGCUGAAAAGGAUCUCUUGCUUGCUUUGGGCAGUGUCUGGGUGUCGAAUGAUGGAGGUAAUUCGGAGGAGGAGCAAGAACUAUGGAGGCAGAACGGGAUCUAUGAUCUGGUCUACAAUAACAAUUAGUUUGCUGUCCAGUUUAACGCCGUCGAUAUUGCGUUGCCUGUUUAUAUCGCCUACAAUGCUAUAUUGUCUUGUCCU